UAUUCCAGAGCCCGGCCCGCGACCCGGCGGGAUCGCGGAGGCCGCCCCGCCAGGGCGAAGUCGGAGUUGGGGUGCUAGGGGAGGGAGGAGCCCCGAAGCCGAGAGCGGGCUUUUCCUCUUUCUCUUCGCUCGCCCCUCGCCUUCCGGGCGCGCCGCCGGGAUCGGACUUGGACAGCUGACGAGAAGGAAGGGUUGGGGUCGCUAGCGUUGCCCCUCCCGGGCAUAUACCGGCCCGGGCCGGAGCCGCGUGGACAGUCUCCCGGGACGAAGCCGCGGGGUCCCAGGACCACCCCUCCGGAUUAUAAAACAGUGCGGAGGACACCCCCCCCCCAAGGCUGGUCACCAUGUGGGGGCUGCUGAUGUGGACUCUGCUGGCCCUGCACCGGAUCCGUGCGACCGGAGCCCAAGAUGACGUGGCCCCCUAUUUCAAGACGGAGCCUGUGCGGACGCAGGUGCACCUGGAGGGGAACCGCCUGGUGCUCACGUGCAUGGCCGAGGGCAGCUGGCCACUGGAGUUCAAGUGGCUCCACAACAACAGAGAGCUGACCAAGUUCUCCCUGGAGUACAGGUACAUGAUCACCAGCCUGGACCGCACUCACGCAGGCUUCUACCGCUGCAUCGUGCGGAACCGGAUGGGCGCCCUGCUGCAGCGACAAACCGAGGUCCAGGUGGCCUACAUGGGCAGCUUUGAGGAAGGCGAGAAGCACCAGAGUGUCUCCCAUGGAGAAGCAGCUGUAAUCCGUGCCCCACGCAUCGCCAGCUUCCCACGGCCACAGGUGACCUGGUUCCGGGACGGCCGCAAGAUCCCGCCCAGCAGCCGCAUAGCCAUCACCCUGGAGAACACCCUCGUCAUCCUGUCAACAGUGGCUCCCGACGCAGGCCGCUACUACGUGCAGGCUGUUAAUGACAAGAACGGGGAUAACAAGACCAGCCAGCCCAUCACUCUUGCCGUGGAGAAUGUCGGGGGGCCUGCAGACCCCAUCGCCCCAACCAUCGUCAUUCCUCCCAAGAACACCAGCGUGGUGGCCGGGACCUCGGAGGUGACCAUGGAGUGUGUGGCCAAUGCCAGGCCCCUGAUCAAGCUGCACAUCAUUUGGAAGAAAGAUGGGGUGCCGCUGUCGGGCGGCCUCAGCGACUACAACCGGCGGCUGACCGUCCCCAGCCCCACGGGCAGCGACGCCGGCUACUAUGAGUGCGAGGCUCUCCUGCGCAGCAGUAGCAUCCCCUCCGUCGUCCGAGGAGCCUACUUGUCUGUGCUGGAACCGCCUCAGUUUGUCAAGGAGCCAGAGAGACACAUCACAGCGGAGAUGGAGAAAGUGGUGGACAUUCCCUGUCGGGCCAAAGGCGUACCUCCGCCCUCCAUCAGCUGGUACAAGGACGCGGCCGUGGUGGAGGUGGAGAGGCUGAGCCGCUUCCGGCGGCUCGGUGACGGGGGCCUGCAGAUCAGCGGGCUGCUCCCCGACGACACCGGCAUGUUCCAGUGCUUUGCCCGCAACGGAGCCGGCGAGGUGCAGACCUCCACCUACCUGGCUGUCACCAGCAUCGCCCCCAACAUCACCAGGGGCCCCUCGGACAGCACAGUGAUCGAUGGCAUGUCAGUGGUCCUGGCUUGUGAGACUUCGGGGGCGCCCCGGCCGGCCAUCACUUGGCAGAAAGGGGAGCGCGUCCUGGCCAGUGGCUCUGUCCAGCUGCCUCGAUUCACACUGCUGGAGUCCGGCAGCCUGCUCGUCAGCCCCACGCACAUCUCCGAUGCCGGGACCUACACCUGCUUGGCCACCAACUCUCGGGGGGUCGACGAAGCCUCGGCUGACCUGGUCGUGUGGGCCCGGACCCGCAUCACCAAGCCUCCCCAGGACCAGAGUGUCAUCAAGGGUACGCAGGCCUCCAUGGUGUGUGGAGUGACCCACGACCCCCGAGUGACCGUCAGGUACGUCUGGGAGAAGGAUGGGGCCGCCCUGGGCACCGAGAGCAACCCCCGCAUCCGUCUCGACAAGAACGGCUCCCUGCACAUCUCGCAGACGUGGUCGGGGGACAUCGGCACGUACACCUGCCGGGUGCUGUCCGCCGGAGGCAAUGACUCUCGCAGUGCCCACCUGCGUGUCAGGCAGCUGCCUCAUGCCCCCGAGCACCCCAUGGCGACCCUCAGCACCGCGGAGAGGCGGGCCAUCAACCUGACGUGGGCCAAGCCCUUCGACGGCAACAGCCCCCUGCUCCGCUAUGUCCUGGAGAUGUCAGAGAACAAUGCACCCUGGACCGUGCUCCUGGCCAGUGUGGACCCUGAGGCUACCUCGGUGAUGGUCAAGGGCUUGGUGCCUGCGCGCUCCUACCAGUUCCGCCUUUGUGCAGUCAACGACGUGGGGAAGGGACAGUUCAGCAAGGACACAGAGAGGGUCUCCCUCCCUGAGGAGCCCCCCACAGCCCCCCCACAGAAUGUCAUCGCCAGCGGCCGGACCAAUCAGUCCAUCAUGAUCCAGUGGCAGCCGCCUCCCGAGAGCCACCAGAAUGGCCUUCUCAAGGGCUACAUCAUCAGGUACUGCCUGGCCGGGCUGCCCGUCGGGUACCAGUUUAAGAACAUCACGGACGCUGACAUCAACAACCUGUUGCUGGAGGACCUCAUCAUCUGGACCAACUAUGAGAUCGAGGUGGCCGCCUACAACGGCGCUGGGCUGGGUGUCUACAGUAGGAAAGUCACCGAGUGGACACUGCAGGGAGUCCCCACCGUCCCUCCUGGCAAUGUGCACGCGGAGGCCACCAACUCCACGACCAUCCGCUUCACCUGGAAUGCCCCCAGCCCCCAGUUCAUCAAUGGCAUCAACCAGGGCUACAAGCUGAUUGCCUGGGAGCCAGAGCAGGAAGAGGAGGUUACCAUGGUGACUGCCCGGCCCAACUUUCAAGACAGCAUCCACGUGGGCUUCGUGUCCGGCCUGAAGAAGUUCACCGAGUACUUCACCUCCGUGCUGUGCUUCACCACUCCUGGCGAUGGGCCUCGAAGCACCCCCCAGCUGGUGCGCACCCAUGAGGAUGUGCCUGGUCCUGUGGGACACCUGAGCUUCAGUGAAAUCCUGGACACCUCGCUGAAGGUCAGCUGGCAAGAGCCAGGAGAGAAGAAUGGCAUCCUCACAGGGUACCGGAUCUCCUGGGAGGAGUAUAACCGAACCAACACCCGCGUGACCCACUACCUGCCCAACGUGACCCUGGAGUACCGCGUCACGGGCCUCACUGCGCUUACCACCUACACCAUCGAGGUGGCCGCCAUGACCGCCAAGGGCCAGGGCCAGGUGUCCGCGUCAACCAUCUCCUCCGGCGUGCCUCCAGAACUCCCAGGGGCCCCCACCAACCUGGGCAUUUCCAACAUCGGCCCCCGCUCCGUGACCUUGCAGUUCAGGCCAGGCUAUGAUGGGAAAACCUCCAUCUCCCGCUGGCUGGUGGAGGCUCAGGUGGGCGUGGUUGGGGAGGGAGAGGAGUGGCUUCUGGUUCACCAGCUCACCAACGAGCCCGACGCCCGCUCCAUGGAGGUGCCCGAGCUCAACCCCUUCACCUACUACAGCUUCCGAAUGCGCCAAGUGAACAUCGUGGGCACCAGCCCACCCAGCCAGCCUUCUAGAAAGAUCCAGACCCUCCAGGCACCCCCUGACAUGGCCCCUGCCAACGUGACCCUGCGCACAGCCAGUGAGACCAGCCUGUGGCUCCGCUGGAUGCCUCUCCCGGAGAUGGAAUACAACGGGAACCCCGAGUCGGUGGGCUACAAGAUCAAAUACAGCCGGGCAGACGGCCACGGCAAGACGCUGAGCCACGUGGUCCAGGACCGCGUGGAGCGUGACUACACCAUCGAAGACCUGGAGGAGUGGACAGAGUACCACGUCCAGGUCCAGGCCUUCAACGCCAUCGGGAGCGGGCCCUGGAGCCAGAUGGUGACGGGCAGGACCCGGGAGUCAGUGCCGUCCUCUGGCCCCACCAACGUGUCUGCACUGGCCACGACCUCCAGCAGCAUGCUAGUGCGCUGGGACGAGAUCCCUGAGGCCGACCGCAAUGGGCUCGUGCUGGGCUACAAGGUGAUGUAUAAGGAGAAGGACUCGGAUUCCCAGCCCCGGUUCUGGCUGGUGGAGGGGAACUCGUCACGCAGUGCCCAGCUCACAGGGUUGGGCAAAUACGUGCUCUAUGAGGUCCAGGUGCUAGCCUUCACGCGCAUCGGGGAUGGCAGCCCCAGCCACCCUCCCAUCCUGGAGCGGACGCUGGAUGAUGUCCCGGGGCCGCCCAUGGGCAUCCUGUUCCCAGAGGUGAGGACCACGUCCGUGCGACUGAUCUGGCAGCCCCCCACCGCCCCCAACGGCAUCAUUCUUGCCUACCAGGUCACACACCGGCUCAACGCCACCACGGCCAACACGGCCACCGUGGAGGUGCUGACACCCAGCACCCGCCAGUACACCGUGACCGGCCUCAAGCCGGAGUCCGUCUACCUGUUCCGCAUCACGGCCCAGACCCGCAAGGGCUGGGGAGAGGCCGCCGAGGCCCUGGUGGUGACCACCGAGAAGAGAGACCGCCCCCAGCCCCCCAGCAAGCCGGUGGUGCAGCAGGAGGACGUGAAGGCUCGCAGCGUGCUACUGUGUUGGGAGCCGGGAAGCGAUGGCCUGUCCCCCGUGCGCUACUACACGGUCCAGACCCGCGAGCUGCCCAGCGGCCGGUGGGCGCUGCACUCGGCCUCCGUGAGCCACAACGCGUCUGCCUUCGUGGUGGACAGGCUCAAGCCCUUCACGUCCUACAAGUUCCGCGUGAAGGCGACCAAUGACAUUGGGGACAGCGAGUUCAGCGAGGAGUCAGAGCCACUGACCACUCUGCAGGCCGCACCCGACGAAGCACCCACCAUUGUGUCGGUGACACCCCACACCACCACCUCCGUGCUGAUUCGAUGGCAGCCCCCAGCAGAGGACAAGAUCAACGGCAUCCUCCUGGGCUUCCGGAUCCGGUACCGGGAGCUGCUCUACGAGGGGCUGAGGGGCUUCACACUGCGUGGCAUCAACAACCCGGGGGCCAAGUGGGCUGAGCUUACCUCCAUGUACUCCAUGCGGAACCUGAGCCGGCCCAGCCUCACCCAGUACGAGCUGGACAAUCUGAACAAACACCGGCGGUAUGAGAUACGGAUGAGCGUGUACAACGCCGUGGGGGAGGGGCCCUCAAGCCCCCCCCAGGAAGUCUUCGUCGGGGAGGCAGUGCCCACCGCAACGCCCCGUAACGUGGCUGUCCAUGGCGCCACGGCCACACAGCUUGAUGUGACCUGGGAGCCACCACCACUGGAGAGCCAGAACGGAGACAUCCAGGGCUACAAGAUCUAUUUCUGGGAAGCCCAGCGGCGCAACCUCACGGAGCGGGUGAAGACGCUCUUCCUGGCGGAGAACGGCGUGAAGCUCAAGAACCUGACGGGCUAUACCACCUACAUGGUCAGCGUGGCUGCCUUCAACGCCGCGGGGGAUGGGCCUCGGAGCCCCCCGACCCGGGGCCAGACCCAGCAAGCAGCCCCCAGUGCUCCCGGCUCGGUCAAGUUCAGUGAGCUGACCACAACCUCGGUGAACGUGUCCUGGGAGGCCCCGCAGUUCCCCAACGGUGUCCUGGAAGGUUACCGGCUGGUGUACGAGCCCUGCACCCCAGUGGACGGCGUCAGUAAGAUCGUGACAGUGGACGUGAAGGGUAGCAGCCCUCUGUGGUUGAAGGUGAAGGACCUGGCCGAGGGGAUGACCUACAGGUUCCGCAUCAGAGCCAAGACCUUCACCUAUGGGCCAGAGAUCGAGGCCAACGUCACCACCGGCCCAGGAGAAGGUGCCCCCGGGCCGCCUGGAGUGCCCAUCAUCGUGCGGUACAGCUCUGCUAUCGCCAUCCACUGGUCCAGCGGAGACCCUGGCAAAGGGCCCAUCACCCGCUACGUAAUAGAGGCCAGGCCAUCAGACGAGGGGCUAUGGGACAUCCUCAUCAAAGACAUCCCCAAGGAGGUGACGUCCUACACGUUCAGCAUGGACAUCCUGAAGCCAGGCGUGAGCUAUGACUUCCGGGUCAUCGCCGUCAAUGACUAUGGCUUCGGUACCCCCAGCAGCCCCUCCCAGUCUGUGCCAGCCCAGAAAGCCAACCCUUUCUACGAGGAGUGGUGGUUCUUGGUGGUCAUUGCCCUCGUCGGCCUCAUCUUCAUCCUCCUUCUGGUCUUUGUGCUCAUCAUCCGAGGCCAGAGCAAGAAAUAUGCCAAGAAGACAGACUCUGGGAACAAUGCCAAGUCUGGUGCCCUUGGCCAUGCGGAGAUGAUGAGCUUGGAUGAAAGCAGUUUCCCUGCUCUGGAACUCAACAACCGGAGGCUCUCCGUCAAGAAUUCCUUCUGCCGGAAGAAUGGCCUGUAUACCAGGUCGCCUCCCCGGCCCAGCCCAGGCAGCCUCCACUACUCCGACGAGGAUGUCACCAAGUAUAACGACCUCAUCCCGGCAGAGAACAGCAGCCUGACCGAGAAGCCCUCAGAAAUCUCCGACUCUCAGGGAAGCGACAGUGAGUACGAGGCUGACUCGACCCACCAGAAGGCCCACUCUUUUGUCAACCACUACAUCAGCGACCCCACAUACUAUAACUCAUGGCGGCGGCAGCAGAAGGGGAUCUCGCGGGCGCAGGCCUACAGCUACACGGAGAGCGACUCGGGCGAGCCGGACCCCAACACCGUGGCCAACAGCAACAGCGCCCAGCAGGGCAGCCUCUUCCGGCCCAAGGCCAGUCGGACCCCAACGCCCCAGAACCCCCCGAACCCCCCGAGUCAGCAGAGCACCCUCUACCGCCCCCCCAGCAGCCUCACCCCCGGCUCCCGGGCUCCUAUAGCAGGAUUUUCCUCAUUUGUUUGACGUCGGAAGGGGGAAAGGAAAGAAAAAAAAAAAACGGCACCAAACUCCCCGUCCGCCCCUCCCCGCACUGCCUGCCAGAAAACAAAAACACCAAGAAACCAAGUCAACUUUUCACCUCCUGAGUUUAUUUUUCCAGAGAUUCCAGGGCCAGCAAAGCCGGUGUUGAGAAGGAGGAGAAGGAAGCCAUGAGGGAGGCUCUGCGUGGCCGACGGUUGGUCGGCUCCAGAUUGUGGGGUUCUCUGAUCCCUUUGCAGACUGUGCUCAGAGUCGGGGCUGCUGGACCGGGCCUGAGAGAGGUGGCAGGGCGGCGAGAAAGCUGAGGCCAGGAGAGCUGUAGGGCAGCGUGCUGAGGGGACGAGAAGCUUCUGGAAGUCCUGACAGCUGCCCCUUCCAUAUGUGCUGGGGCCCUGGGCCCACGGCUGACUGCUGGUGUGCAAGGCUGGUGUGCAAGGCUGGGCAUCCCUGUGGGAGGGCAAAGCUCACCUUCUCUCUCUGCACCCGCCCACCCCUCCCCAUGCAUCACUGGCAGGCCUCGGACAGACGGAUGGACGGCCCGGCCCCCUGGCCUGCUCCUCACACUCUGCUGUCCCCUCCCUGGCUCAACGUCUCCACCAAGCAUCUGGUUUAUUUAGAAAAAGGAAACUAACAAAGGGGUGAGAGUCUGCCUAGCUAGCUCUUUGUUUCUUAUACACUCUUUUUGUGGUGAAUCCAAGGAAGAGGGGCCUGGGGGUGGGGAGGGUGGGGAGAGCCCCCCCCCCAGCACCACUGAACCCAGCUAUGGCUUUACUUGAAUUCACUUUCCUGAGCGCAGACCAGGAGAGGUGAACCCGGGGGGCAGAGGUACAGGGCACUGGCCAGGCAUCACUGGGAUAACUGGGCCCUAAGGCAGGAAAUGAAGAACGUUAAGAAAGAAGCUUGACUUCUCUCUUUCUUCCCUCCUGAAAGGAAGCUUCUUAGACAAGGAAGUUCGGCAGGCACAGGACUGGGGAGCUAGGCAGGGUGAGGAAUGGCCAUCUAGGCAGACACACCCCUGUCCCUAGAUAGAUCCCUUCCUCCUGAGACACACACACAGGUCCCCCAUGCACUUGGCAGGGAGAAGGGUCUAGAGAUCCUCUCCAAGACAAAUCCCUGUGGGUCCUAGCCAAACGGGACACUCACUCCACACACGGGAUGUGUGGUCCCUCUCACUCUCACCCCAGAGCGAUCCACAUCUAAAACACAUCCCCCCCCCACCCCGCCAAGCACAGGGGUACAGAAGCCCCGAGGGGUGGGCCAAGCCCCUGGUCUAGAAACCAGAGCUCCCAGAAUUUGCCUGGUCAGCCCAGCACCCGGUUUACAAAGAGUCAAGUGCCCCCAGCAGGCCCAGCGCCGCGGGUUUGGGUGGACGGCUGCCUCCAGGAGAGGAGAGGGUCCUGCAGGGACCUGUUCGGUUCCGCGUGGGGCCCUCCGUGGGACAGGGCUCUCUGGGGGUGCCACACAUAGGCCCCAUCUCGGGGGCUGAGGGGAACGGUUAGGGGAGGCCUGAGAGGGGGAUUUGGGGAGCAAGCCAAGGAAAGCGAGGGUCUGCACCCAGCCCCACAGGCCGACACCAGCUGAGGGGGCUCUGGGGAGGGAAGUUCACUGGCCCGGGCUGUGAGGACACAGGCCCGAGCUCUGCCCUGUACACACAGCUCAUGUCUCCAUGGUAGCACAUCGGCUGGCGUGUGAUCUCCCGCUUCCUCCUCCUUUUUCAUCUCAUCUUUUUUUAACAACCUCAUCCUUUUCCUUAUCUGCUGUGUGUUUAGCCAUUUAUGGAAGUUCCCAGUUUGCACUGGGGAAUGAAUUGAGCCCAGCGCAGGGGGGGCUCUGGGUGUGUGUGUGGGGUGGGGGGAGGUGGGACGAGUGAAGCCCUGUGUGUGUGUGUGUGUGUGUGUGUUUGUGCACGCGCAUGUGUGUACUGCACACGAGGCCACAUUUCCUUUGCCUUUCAUGGAUCGCCUGGGGCACUGAGAUGUGCACCCUCCCCUCCCCACACGCUCCUUCACGCCCACACUGACACACCCAUGCACACUCAGCAAGGUGCCCGUGCACGCCUGGGCUCACGCACACACACGCACACACACACACAUCCAGGCGUGUGUUCACAAAGAGGCUUGCGAUUCCUUCUGAUGGCCGAAGCUGUCUGUGCCCCGUGAGGCCCGGGCAGCCGGGGUCCCUGCCCCCGAAGCCAGCCGGGAUCGGUUGUCUCAGGCGAGGACACUGCGCAAGCCGGAAGGCAGACACGGCCCAAGGUGAACAUCCAAGCCCUCAGUCCACAUCCACCCACCCAAAAUGUUGCCCCGCUGCCCCACCCACAUCGGGAAGCCCAGGUCUCCCGCCGUGGAGCUCUAGAGUUCUUAGAGGACAUCUCUGCCCUCGUUUACAUAUCUGCUGGGGCAGUGGAGGCCCUCCACCCCCCGGCCAGACCCCCGGCCGCAUGAGAACGGUGUGCUGGGUGGGCACUGCCCGUGGGUAACAGGGAACUUCCCUGGGCCGAUGAUGCCGGGGCCCCUGUCUGCGUGAUCACCUGCAGCAGGUUCACAGCAGGACCCCUCUGUGUCCUUGGCUCUGCCUCACCGUGCCCCUGGGGAAACCUGGGGUCCACCCGGCAACCUGCGCUUGGCCCCCCAGCGCCGCCCUUCCCCCUCGCGGCCACGCCUCCAGCGUGCAAGCCGUUCAGCACCCAGGCUGCCAAGACGAACCAGAAAGCGGCUCCGGUUCCAGAAGCACCUUUCUCCCAGGGCCCCGGGGAGCUUGCAAACCCAGGCCGCCUGUCUCGUCCCCUCACCUGACACUGCCGUGACUCAGAAGGAACAAGGACACUUCUGGCUGCCCCCGCCCAGAGCACCGCUGGCUCGAGGCCUUCUGUCUCUGCCCACACCUCCCUGGGCAGAGCUUUUAAAGGUGCCAGAGCCUCCCAGAGCCCACUUGGGGCAGGGGCUCCCCUCACCUUCCCAUGGUGCCCAUGGCGUGAGGGGCCGGAGGACAGGAACGGGGGCGAUCUCCCCCCCCACCCCAACCCUAGCAGCAGUCGCCCGAUCCGAGUGCCUCUGCAUGGUCCUGCCCAGGUCCUGCCCCUCUCUUGGGACCACCCCCUUCUCUUUGUUUCCGUAAGAAUAACCAAAAGCAUUCAAACCUGUUACCUUUCUUCAUACACAUAGACUCCAAAAACAAAAACCCAACACAAAUCUUUAUUUUUUGAUUUAAAAGAUAUAAUAAAUUAUGGGGAGAGUAUUCAUUGUGGCAGGUGUCUCUAUCUGUAAGAAAAAAUAUAUAUAUCUAUACGUCACAUAGCUUGUUAGCGGGUUUAUUUUUUAAAUGAAAGGUAAGAACGAAAUUGAUUUGAAAUAUAUACUACGAGAUGUCCCAUGGCCUGUCAAACUUGUCAGUAUUUUAUAAAUAAACUUUUUUUUUUUUUUUUUUUUUUUUUUUUGGAGUUC